AUGUCAAUAAAUGAGAUUGAUAACUCAACUAAAAAUAAAUUACAAUCUGGACAGGUAAUUUUAGAUCUACAAGGCGCGAUAAAGGAACUUAUAGAAAACAGUCUAGAUGCUUCAUCUACCGUAAUUGAGAUCAACCUCUUCAAUUUCGGUUUAGAUACUAUCAAAGUUGUUGAUAACGGUAAUGGUAUAGACUUAAAUGACUUUAAUUCAAUAGCAAAAAAGCAUUUUACCUCAAAAUUAAACACCUUCACAGAUUUAAGCCAAUUACAAACCUUUGGUUUUCGUGGUGAAGCUCUAUCCAGUUUAUGUUCAAUAUCAAAAUCAAUUGAAUGUCUCACUUCGACAAAAUCAUCUCAACCAAAAGCUAAUAGGUUAUUAUUUAAUAAAAACGGUGAGCUACUCGAAUCGAAAUCAAAUGUACCAAGACAAUCAGGUACAACUAUGUCAAUCUUCUCUUUAUUCCAUCAUCUACCCGUCAGAAGAAGAGAAUUAGAGAAGAAUAUUAAACGAGAGUUUUCGAAAGCUAUCAAUCUAUUGCAAUCUUACGCUUUAUGUCCUUUGUUGGCAGAUAAAAAGUUCAUUGUCACUAAUACAAACAAAUCUAACAAGAAGUCUCUAAUCUUUCAAUCAACUGGUAAAUCCCUUUUGAACAACAUCACUUCUAUAUUUGGUUCAAAUACCAAACAAGAUCUAGUCCCAUUGGAUUUAGAUCUACCAGUUAAAAUUGAUUCAAAUAUCGCAAAACGUGAGAACGUCGAUGAAUUAGAGUUCACAGUUCAACUUCAAGGUACAAUUACAAAACCUUUAUUAGGUCUUGGUAGAAGUACAUCUGAUCGACAAUACUUUUACAUAAAUGGUAGACCUUGCAACAUGCCAAAGGCUGCAAAAGCGAUAAAUCAAGUCUUUAAAUCGUACAACAUACAAUCCUAUCCACUAGUUAUUGCUGAUUUUAAGGUCCCAAUGGAUACUUAUGAUGUCAACAUUACACCUGAUAAACGUACUAUUUUCCUUCAUUUCGAAUCCAGUUUAUUAGAAUCCUUGAAAGAUCGUUUAGACAGCUUUUAUGAACCAUUUAGGGGUGUAUUCAAUGUCAAUAAAGCCACCCAAUCAUCAAUCGUACCGAAAAGCGAACAUUUAACUCCACAAACACAGGAUGAAAGUUCUAAUUCACCUCUUUUGGAAAUGGAAACACUGAAUGAAGUACCAGCAAACCCAUUGAGUAGUCAUUUCGAUGGUGAGGAUAUCAAUGAAGUAGAUGAACACGAAGAUCAGGAUGAUGUCAUCGCAAAUAUACAGGAUGAACAUGAAGAAAACGAAAGAGAGGAAACACCACUGUUCAUAGAUGAGCAAGACACGGAGAAAACACCUCUUGAUGAGAACAGCGAUAUGCGCGAGGAUAUCAGAACGAAUUCACAGAUAAACACGCGACACGCUUCCUGGGCUUCGGAAGCCUUCUCUGAUAUUGACAAAGAUAAUAAUCGUCUCCCUAAACGAAGGAAAACUGAAGUUGAGUUUGCGGAAAUUGACGAGUAUCAUUCGGAAAGUGAAAAGGGAAUGGAAGCUGAUAAUCAUAACGAGCACGAUUCAUUCUUCUCACAAAUUGAUACAGACGAUACUCAAAUAAUGUAUGAAAUUAAACAAGCACCAUUAUACCCUAAUAUAAAGCAAUCACAAAUUGAUACUAAGACCAUGAAUGAUACCCAAGAAAGGAUUGAAUUAAGUGACAGUUCGGAAGAGGAACAAUCAAAUCAUUUUACUAAAAGGCUAAACGUUAAUAUAGAUGAAAUAAGCUUACAUUGGCAAAUAAAUGUUGAGGAAAGGCAAUCUCGACGUUCUAAUACCGUACAGAAGACUACACCUAAUAACCUACUUGAUAACGCUGGUAUACAAAAUGUUGAUGAUGCCCAAUCAGCUGAAAAUGCCUUGUCGAGAGUGUUACAUAAAAACGAUUUUGAACGUCUUCAAGUACUCGGUCAGUUUAAUCUAGGGUUUAUGAUAGUAAGGCGUCUGGAAACCAAUACUCAGGGUAUAGAAGAGGAAGAUUUAUUCAUCGUCGAUCAACAUGCUGCUGAUGAAAAGUACAACUUUGAGAACCUUCAACUGAACCAUAAGAUUCAAAGUCAGAAGUUGAUUAUACCUCGCACACUGGAUUUGAGCGCUUCAGAUGAAUUAGUAGUUUUCGAUAACCUUGAUAUACUAAAAAGUAAUGGAUUCGACAUACAAAUUAAUGAGGAUGCUACAAGUGGCAAUAGGUGUCAGUUGGUUUCAUUACCGUUAUCCAAAUCAACAGUUUUUGAUUUAAAAGAUUUAGAAGAGCUUAUUCAUUUCAUAAAUGAAAGUCCGGGGAAGCUAGUUAGAUGUACAAAAGCCAGAGAUCUUUUUGCCAGUCGAGCUUGUAGAAUGAGCGUCAUGGUUGGUAAAUCAUUAAAACUGAAACAAAUGACAAAGAUCGUUAGAAAUUUAUCGACUUUGAAUCAACCCUGGAACUGCCCUCAUGGUAGGCCAACUUUAAGACAUUUAAUCAAUUUAAAUGAUAAAACUAAUAAUGAUACGCGUGUAAAAAUAAAUUGGCAGUAUUUUAUUUAA